UUUUUUUGUUGUUCUUUUAAUCGGAAGAUAUUUUUCCGUUUCGUCGAUUUCAAAUCGCACUCCUCCUUCGAUCUCCUCUUCGAUCGGCUCGAGAUGUUUUUCUAAUGUAGGGAUGAAAUAGGAGAGCAACAAUUGGUGAAAACAUGGAUGAAGAGUUACGCAAUAUAAAGAAGUGGAUCAUAAUCUAUCCUGUGUAUGUAAACUCAAAGAAGACAAUUGCUGAGGGCCGCAGGAUCAGUGCUGCCAACGCUUGUGAGAAUCCCACUUGCAUUGAGAUCAGCGACUGCUGUGCGCAUUUGAAGCUUCCCCAUGCAAUUGAGCUAGAUAAGGCAUACCCUCGAGACUUCAUGCAGCGGGGGAGGGUCAGAGUGCAGUUGAAGCGAGAAGAUGGGACUUUGACUAAUCCUGCUAUCGCUACCAGGAAGCAACUGAUGCUCCAAAUCGCGGAGCUGAUUCCGAAACAUCAGGGGAGGAUCAAGAAACAGGAGCCCGCGAGUAGUUCUGCGACUGCGGGGACUUCAAAAUCUGGAAAAGGGGGGAAGAAAAAGAAGUGAUAAUAUUCUAAUUCGUCGCAACGUGGAACCUGUGUUCUUGCCGGUAAUCUCUCUGCAAUUGUGAGAAUUUUCACCUCAUUUAGCUCUUAAAGUUAAAACUGAUUGUUGUAGAAAUUUUUGACUGUGCCAAGAUUCCAAUCCUAAAAUUGUGAUUUUUCAAGAUUGUUUUUCAAAUGUGUAAACUGCGCUGCUAGUCCCUAAACUUUUAGCGGAGUUUUAUUUUGGUCCUCAAACUUUCAAGUUGAAUGUUAGACCCUAGACUUUGAAAAAAGGUUUCAUUUUAAUUUUUGUGUAUAUUAAACAUAAGAUGGCAAAUUAUUUUUUUAGUUUUGGUA